CAUGAGUGCACAGAUCAGUAGUGCGCUGUGUCCCUCGGACACAGCAGAUCAUCGAUCAACGGAAAGAGCCGAAGAUGUCGGCUCAGUCAUGUGAUCAGCUGUGUCCAAUCUCAGCUGAUCGCAUCUCGAGAGAAGAGGAGAGCCGGUAAUCGGCAUCCUCGGAGGGGACAUGUACACAGAUCAUCAGGGAACUGAUGAUCAGUGUGCCUUGAUGAUCAGUGUAGUCCCAGCAAUGCCAGCUGUCAGUGCUCAUCAAUGCCACCUGCCAGUGCCCAUCAGUGCCACAUAUCAGUGCCUAUCAGUGCACAUCAAUGCCACAUAUCAGUGUCCAUCUGAGCUGCCUGUCAGUGACAUCUAUCAAUGCCAGUUAGUGCCACCUAUCAGUGCUGCCGAUCAGUGCCACCUA